CGAAAGUGACGUUUGAGAGUGACAGUGAUUACUAAAGUGGCAAUUCAAUUAAAAAACCCAUCGAUAUAUUUUGAAGUUUAUUUAUUGCUUUUACUAUAAAUAACGUUGAAAAGUUUAAACUGAAGUAGUUUCUUUCAAGAACCUUUGACGGGAAUGAUGAGAGGUGUUUAUUAUUUGAAAAUUUUAUUGCUCUACUUGUAUUUAUCGUUAAAUGGCCCAACUGUGCAAGGAGUUGCGUUAAGCAAAGUAAAUGAUGUGGCGAAAAAGCUUUUAAUGGCGAAAUCAUUACCCUUUGAAGAUUGUGGCUCUAAAUAUCUCAUAUUGUAUUUGAAUAUCUCCAGUUGCACUACGAUACCCUGUCUAAUGCGUCGUGGUACUACGGUAGAUGUGAAUGUGUUAUUUGACGAUGAUAGUGACAAUACCAAAUAUUUAAAACAUCGUGUACGUUGGAUUUUUAAUACCAUUAAGACUCAGGCUCACAUUACACCCGAUCCUUGUGAUGGCAAUCAAAAAUGUUUGUCCAACGAUAAUGAUGGGAAAUUCUAUUGGGCCACGGUUUUGGUCAAUAAAACUUUACCAGCGAUCUCUGGCACUAUGCUUUGGGAAGCGGUUAAUGAAUACAAUCAAGAUGUUAUUUGCUUUAAAGUUCCAGUUGUCAUAACCAUGUAAAAUCAUUUUUGUGCUUGUUUCCUUCCAAAUUAAUGUUUAAAUAAAGUUAAAAAAAAUUAAAAAUU